AUGUGGCUGAAUUCAGGAUGUAAAAAUUUAUCGAAGUGUUUUGGUUUAGAAAUGGUUGUUGAGAAAUUUGAUAUGAUUAUUACUGAAAACGGUAAUAAGAAGGUUUCUUAUAAACUAAUCGAGAUUGAAAUCCUUUCAACAAAAUAUUUUGAGGCAGAUUCAAAGCUGACAGAAAGCGGUUUGAAUAGAAUUGGUCAAGCAUUAGAUUUCUUUCGAUAUAGUGGUACAGCGACUGGCUUUCUUCGUGAUGUAGAACCAAUCUUGCAAAAUGGACCACAAUGCGGACUUGUGGCUCUACAAAUGGCUGCAGGUUCAUUUGGCAUUCCAUUCUAUGAAAUCGAUCAUAUCUUUCAACUGGCUAAAGACAAAAAUUAUUCAAAUCAUGGAGAAAUAUUCUCAGUCACUUGGUUAGCAGACUUAGUUGUUUCUUUGUGGCCUAAGCUCGAAACUGUUAUUUGCGCAAUGCCGGAUAAAGAAAGGCUCAUCGAACUAUUGCUUUUGAAUCACGUUAUUCUAGUUCCAUAUGACUGUGAUGGGAGAAUGGAACCAACUCUUCAACAAGGUCGUUUUGCUCAUUGGUGCAUCAUUAUUGGAUAUUUAAAAACAAGUGACGUUAAUGAUGAUGAUCUUUAUGUAUUUUGCAUGCAUGGGAAGAGUCGACGGUUAUUUCUAUAUGAUUAUUUUUUCCUCGUGAAGAGCAAUUGUAAUUUGUUUCAAGUGAGCAUAAAGCAACAUAAAUCAAAAACAAAAGGAGUUGGGUCGAGAAUUGCUGAAUAUAUUAUACCUUUUAAUGGCCUAGAAUCUCUUAGAAAUAAAUGUCUUAUUCUAAAGUCUUCUUAUAUAUGA